GGAGAGAGAGGGAGUAAGUGAGUGAGAGGGAGAAAGAGAGAGAGAGAGAGCGAACAGGGAGAAAGGCUGCAGCGCAGAAGACUACAUGAGCGUGUAGCUCAAAUGCUUUCGCCUUCACAAAUCUACAAAGAAAAGAAGCAGCUUAAUAUAUCGGCGAGUGGAUGGCAAUAGUCUCCGAGCGGUUCGUCAGCAUACUGGGAGAAGGAGGAAUCCCAAAAGCCUCUCCCACUCAACGCAUACGGGAAAACGAAUAGUACGAGACAAACCCUUCUGAAGACCAUCACAUUUGGGAUAUUUUCCACUAUAUUAGGUUAUUGCCGAUCUUUUGCCUGCUGGACUCGUCCCUCUACUCAGCGCUAUUCCACACGUAUGGAAUCCGAUUGUUUACGUAUGCUUUCCCAUUACGAGUAAAGACGGAUCGUAAACAAACACAGGAGCCUCGGUUUUGCAUAUCGCUUUUCUGCAUCCUAUUUGAUUGUUCCGCUCAAAUGAGAGAAUCAGGUUGAUCCGUGUAGUGGUUUGAGGGAUUUAAGCAUCACAGCAUCCAUCUAGCCUAUAUGUGCAUGUAUACUAAUGACGUGAUGACAUCUAUGGGUAUAGCGACCCCCUGAAUCAAAACCAAAAACCGUCUGUUCCUGCAAAGAAGCCAGCUGCAUCUCACUUGAGCGUCAUCAUGGUGGUUUUUAAUGGAGUGUUGAAGAUCAAAGUUUGUGAGGCGUUGGACCUGAAGCCCACUCCAUGGUCGCUCCGGCAUGCAGUUGGACCAAAGACCCAGACCUUCCUACUGGACACGUACAUUGCCCUCAACGUGGACGAUUCACGUGUGGGCCAAACUUCCACCAAGCAAAAGACUAAUAGUCCAGCUUGGAAUGAUGAGUUUGUAACGGAGGUUUAUGAUGGGAAGAAAAUUGAACUGUCCGUCUUUCACGACGCACCAAUUGGCUAUGAUGACUUUGUGGCCAACUGCACUAUACAGUUUGAGGACCUGCUGCAGAAUGGGAGUAGGCACUUUGAAGACUGGAUCGACUUGGAGCCUGAGGGGAAAGUGUACGUCAUCAUUGAUCUGUCGGGAUCCUCCAGUGAAGCUGCAUCGUCCAAUGAAAAUGAAGAGAGAGUGUUCCGUGAGCGGAUGCGUCCACGAAAACGUCAGGGGGCGGUUCGGAGGCGUGUCCAUCAGGUUAACGGUCACAAGUUUAUGGCCACCUACCUGAGACAGCCCACCUACUGCUCCCACUGCAGAGAUUUCAUCUGGGGUGUGUUGGGGAAACAGGGGUACCAGUGCCAGGUGUGUACCUGCGUGGUCCAUAAGAGAUGCCAUGAGCUCAUCAUAACAAAAUGCGCUGGUUUAAAGAAACAGGAAGACACUCCUGAAGAGGUUGGCUCCCAGCGCUUCAGUGUAAACAUUCCACACAUGUUCAGCAUUCACAAUUACAAAGUCCCCACCUUCUGUGACCACUGCGGCUCCUUACUUUGGGGACUGAUGCGGCAAGGCCUGCAGUGCAAAGCCUGUAAAAUGAAUGUCCAUCGGCGUUGUGAAAGUAAUGUAGCUCCUAGCUGUGGUGUCGAUGCCAGAAAAAUUGCUAAAGUGCUUGCUGAUCUUGGGGUGACACCAGACAAAAUCUCCAACAGUACCCAACGCAGGAAAAAGUUGACUCCAGGGCAGGACCCUCAGCAAUCCACGACAGAAGCCCCUUUAUCAGAGGAGUCUGACCGAUGCAAAUCAGCUCCAACUUCACCCUGCGACCAGGAUGAGCUUGCAGAACUGGAGAGUAUCCGCAAGGCCCUGUCAUUUGGCCAGGAGCACAAGUCUUCCUCCUCUUCCUCAUGCAGCGCCGUUCAGAGCACAGCGACCGAGAGCCGGGAGAACGGAGACUUGAAGACCGUACAGACGAAGCGAAUGAGUCUCACGGACUUCUCGUUCAUCAAAGUGUUGGGCAAAGGCAGCUUCGGCAAGGUGAUGCUGGCUGAGCUGAAAGGCUCAGAUGAAGUUUACGCUGUGAAAGUUUUGAAAAAAGACGUCAUCCUUCAAGAUGAUGAUGUGGACUGCACUUUAACAGAGAAACGCAUUCUGGCCCUGGCUAGAAAACAUCCCUAUCUGACUCAGCUUUUCUGCUGCUUCCAGACGAAGGAUCGGUUGUUCUUUGUUAUGGAGUAUGUAAACGGAGGAGACCUGAUGUUUCAGAUCCAGCGCUCACGAAAGUUUGAUGAAGCUCGUUCCCGUUUCUACGCAGCUGAGGUCACAUCAGCACUUAUGUUCCUGCACCAACAUGGCGUCAUCUACAGAGAUCUGAAGCUGGAUAACAUUCUUUUGGACGCUGAAGGCCACUGUAAACUGGCUGACUUUGGCAUGUGUAAAGAGGGCAUUUUGAACGGGGUCACGACCACCACUUUCUGCGGGACCCCUGACUACAUCGCACCUGAGAUCCUCCAGGAGUUGGAGUACGGCCCAUCGGUAGAUUGGUGGGCUCUGGGUGUCCUCAUGUACGAAAUGAUGGCCGGUCAGCCUCCGUUUGAAGCUGACAAUGAGGACGACCUUUUUGAGUCCAUCCUCCACGAUGACGUGCUUUACCCCGUGUGGCUCAGUAAAGAAGCCGUCAGCAUUCUGAAAUCUUUCAUGACAAAGAACCCGGGUAAGCGCCUAGGCUGUGUGGUGACCCAGGGCCUGGAGGAAGCCAUCAAAGUCCAUCCCUUCUUCAGAGAGAUCGAUUGGGUCCUGCUGGAGCAGAGGAGGGUCAAACCCCCCUUUAAACCUCGCAUUAAAACCAAGCGCGAUGUGAAUAACUUCGACCAGGACUUCACUCGCGAGGACCCAGUGCUCACACCAGUUGACGAUGCAAUUAUCAAACAAAUCAACCAGGAUGAAUUCAAAGGCUUCUCCUACUUCGGAGAGGAAGCUUUGUCUUAAAGCCCAACUUGAGUCAGCUUAAAUAGAAGUUAAACACACCCACAAACACUAAAAAACCCACAUCGCAUCGCAAUACAUGAACACACAAUCCACAGAUGCGCUGAAGAUGGGGCUCAUACCAGACCAGAGCAGAAUGGCCAGUCCCUGUGGUUCACUUCCCCUUUACUGCUGUUUUUGCUCUUUCAUUCUUCUCUAUAUCUCCAAAAAAGAAAAAAAAGUACUGCAUAUGGAUCUCAUCCCAGGCCUCAACGAGUCUGACAACCAAUCAGAAAACGAAUGUUCUCCAGAGCCCAAGAAGAAAGGGUUGGAACGCACUACCUUAAACCAAAAUUGACCAUACCAAUGAUUGUACUACCAUUUCGGAGACUGGUUGGGUUUUGGUAAUGGAACCUUGAAGAAGAAUUUACCCUGCAUUCGUGACAUUGAGACAUUCUGUGCUGUGCAGUCAAAUGCCUUUUUGUGUAUUCAGGUGACAUUUUGGGAGCAAUUUUAUAAUAUACAAAGACAUUUGUAGUAUAUAUAUUCAAUCACAGUGUUUUCAAGGUUCAUUAGGAAUGAUGACCUGCUGUAUAUGGGUUGUGUUACGAAGUGUCGGCCUGAGUAGGUGUGUGCAUGACAUGUAUGUGUCCGUGUGCAUGUGUUUGCAUGAAUGAGAGCGAGAGGCCUUUGCUAGCCUGAAGCUCUACAGUACAGGUGUUUUCAUGUUGUUUUGCAAUUUCUUUUCAUUUGUAAAGACUGUGGUGUGCGUGUCUGUGUGUGUGUGUGUGUGUGUGUGUGUGUGUGUGCCAUUUCCCACCACUAUGCAUAAGAUAGUAUAGUUGUGGGAAGACAGACGUUUUGUACAGAACGUAACAUGUACAUAGUAUUCGCUCCAAAAGCCUGUGAAAGCUUCUUAGAAUAGGCAAUCGUUUGCAUGGUCUUGCAAAUUGUGUCGUUAUUGAGUAGCAUCAGUUUAUGGAAAGACAAACAUGUUUUUGAUAUCUAUGUGCAAUACCCGGAACAGAUUUCCCCCCCGUUCUUUUUGAAUUUUUCUGUUGUUAUUUUUUUUUUUCUCGUGUGUGCUGAUUUUCUCGUGUUCCAUAGGUUAGAGCUUCACCAAAGGCUUUCUCUCUCUCAUGCUACUCUCUGCCAUUCUCGUGUACAUAGUUUUCUGAAUUACAUAAGCUGUGGAAUGUAGUGGAAAAUGUGUGCGCUCUUAAUUUAUUCAAUUUACAUGUAGCUACGCUUCCUUUUUGUGUCAACAAUUCAAUCGUCUUUUUGUGUUACUUUAUUCCAGGCGAUGAAGCCUUGUUACACACCUCCGUAGAUCUUUCAAACUAUUCAGUCUCGUUUUAAAAUUUUGUGAACCCCCUGUGUUUGAAUCAUUUACUUGUGCAAUGUGAAAGGCUCUAAAGUAGAGGUGAACUAAACGAAAAGGGUACAUUUCAGGCGUACUAAUUAAAACCUUCUGGAAUGUGACGACUUUUGCUUUAGCAUUUCAAUGGCGAUCUAAAGAUGUGUUUUAUUGUUCUUUUAAAAGUGGUUGCUGAUUUUAAAUGUUUAUUUCCGUUUGCAGUUUCUUUUGUUUCGACAUGUUCCAUUGCUUUUUUUAACCACGUCUGUGGGUUGAUUAUGGUAGCUAGGUCAACGUUGCCGAUUGUCUUUGAAGCCUUUUCUCUCGCAGGCACUUCCUGUCUGUCGCCCUCACUGUAUCAUGCCAAAUGUCUCGUUCAGUUUUUUUUUUUCUCCCGUCGUUUCCUUUUAAAUUGUAAAGGAAUUAACUUGAUGUAUAGGAUGCAUCCAUGGACUGUCUUCAAAGUCAAAACAAUAAAUAAACUAAGAAUUACCUCUUAAAAUAAGUGCAAAGAUUUCUCUGGCUGAAUAUUGAAUAUUUGCGCAUACAGUAUUAAAAUACAUAAAUGUUUCAUAUGUAUGAUAGUUCUGUAUUACAUGCAUCUGGUAUUGGACUUUAGUUUCUGUAUGGUGAGGCUUCAUGUGCACAGAGGUAUUUUUUUCCUGGAUACACUAGCGUUAUUUCAUUGUAAGCAUUUUACUAUGUGCCAAAUGUACUGUCAUCUAAAGGAUGUGAAUGUUUAACCUAUUAAACCCUGAGAUGUAUAAAAAAAA